GGAGAGCAGCAGCACGAGCUUCACGUCUAUUCUGCGGGCCAGUGGUGCUUCGAGCACCGCGUCUGUGAACAGCCGGACAGGCAAUGUGAAGAUCCGUGCUUCAACCGUGGGCUGUUCGAGCUUUACGAUCUCCUUUGCUUCCUCAUUAACCUGGACCCGUACGAUCCUGGCCUCCACAUGUUGGUUGCUUUGGGCCUGCGGGCGCCUGCGGUGGCGCUGCCGAGUGCUCUCACCCUUCCCUUCCCCAUCUCCUGCAUGAACGCUGUGUUGGAGCUGGGCAUGCUCGAGGGGGGCGGCUGGGACCAGGGCGCUCGUGAUCCUGGCCGGGCUACCUCGGGGCUUGCUGGCGGAUCCUCCGCGGCUGACGCCCGCCCCGCCCUGUCCGCAGCGGAGUUUGAGGCCCUUGAAGCUAUGUCCACGUUCCCGACGCAGGUGCCUCCUGCUCAGGCCCAUGGUGCCGCUGUCGGAGCUACCUCACCGGGCCUCAAUGUCCAAGAUAUCUCGCGGCUGGUCGCCAACGAGAUCCAGACGCACACAGCCACCAUCACAGCGCAGGUACAGACUGUGGUCACGAACACGAUGGUUGCAGUGCAGGGCACCAUUGUCUCCCAGCUACAGCAGCACUUCGAGCCCACGGCCCCCAAGCAGAUCCGCCGCGAGCAGCAAUCCAAGCGGCUGGCUGCCAUCUGUGCCGAGAAGGUCCCGAAUCUUACCUGGAGCGCCAUCCGCCCCCGCGGCCUCGUGCAGGCGGAUGGCCAGCCGGUGGUGGAGGUGGGAGUGCGCGGUGCCACAGAGCCAUCCCGUCUCCUGUGGAACCAGGUGGUGGUGGCUCAGCUUAACAUCGACAGGGAGGCCAUCGACAGCGCCUUCCUGCGCGCCUACGCGGGCUACUCCUCGGACUCCACAUUCGCGGACAUGGUCAAGAAGUUCGUCUUCUCAACGUUCACAAUCAUGAUCUUUCCCCUGAUCAUCGUCAGCGUGUUCGUCGGCAUCCCAGACUUUGUCUUCCGCUCUCGCCACUACCCUGAAGUCCUUCACGAAUACAUGAGCUGCGUUAACUGGGACGCGAUGGGCUCGUACGACCGUUGGGCGCUCACGAAGCUGUGGUGGACAGUAUUGCCCAACCCGUGGAUGGAGAUGGUGCAGCUGCUGGUGAAGGCCCCGGGGUGGCUCGAGAUCCUGCUGACAUGGCUGCUGCUUUGUCUCAUCAUUGGGCUCUUUACUUCACGCAUUGUGGAACUGGACGCCGCUGCCAGGAGGGCGGGAGGACACGAGGAUGCCGCCGAGCGCAUGCCAUGCUUCCUCUCCUACGACGUGCAGGCCGCCUUCCCCUCCAUGAACUGGCAGUGGAUAGCCGCAGUCUUGCUCCACCACUGCUUGCCGGCUGGCUACAUAUGUGCGAUCUGGGCUUUGUAUCACGAUUUGCAGGUCAGCGCUUGGUUUGGUGACGAAUUCCGGUACUUAUUCCAGGUCUCCGCUGGAGUUGCCCAGGGGUGCCCACUGUCCGGAACUUUGUGGGCAUUGUGCUUCGACGCCUUCCUGUUCCACAUCGCCGAGGGCAUCGACGCUAGCGAACCGCCGUGCGACCAUCUGGAUGCCGGGGCGUGCGCCGACGAUGUUGGA